AAAGGCUUCAAUCCAAUUCACAUACACGACCCAAUACCCAACCCACAAAAAUUGAAAAUUGGACAAUUGAAAAGGAUCCUUUCUCGCUUUCCCCAUUUCCCUGGGAAAUUUGGAUGUGCAGGAAAACAUGUUAGGGCUCACUGCUCUCACACCUCCACCAAUCGCAACACUUCCAUCUAUUCCAUUUCCAUCGCUACACAUCCAUCUCAAUUUCUCUUCCUAUUCGCCCCUCAAAACCCAAAUCCCAAAAAUACCCAAAAGAUUUGUAGUAUUUGCGAACAACGGCAACGGGUUGAAGCAGGAUUCCAAUUCCGAGGAGAGGGAAGAGAGGGAAGAAGAGAAAGGCGACGAAGAAGGAAUUGGAUCCGACGGUGGGGGCGGUGACGAUGAUUUGGGGAAGAAUCAACGGCCGUUAUUCGGCAACAUCAGAUGGGGUGAUCUGCUGCUGGACCCAGAUCCUAACAACAUCUUGGCCGUCGGAUUGACGGGGCUGCUGACGUGGGCGAGUGUGCAGGUGCUGUGGCAGCUGCUGUUCAUCGCAUUGGCUAUACUUGUUGCUGCUGUUAAGUAUUCCUUCAUUGCUGCUGUCCUUCUCUUCAUUCUCAUUGCCCUUCUUUGACUCACUCUUCUUCCAAUUCUACCCCCAAACUGUUCUUCUCUAGCUUGUUGUAACUCAAGCGGUUAAGAGCGUAUUUCUGUAUUUGAACAGUGUAUCGAAAAAGAAAAAUAUAGGUUUGUUUAGUGUAGUAUAAAUGCAAAUUUGUGCUGAAAAACAAAUAUUUGUGUAAUUCACAAAUUCUGGUAUCUUUAUUGGAUUGGAACUGUUCUAAUUUGAAAGGACAGGGUGUCAAUGACACUCACAAUCA